AACUGGGUUGCUUGAGCAGCUUAGAGUAGAGAGGCAGACAGACAGAUAGAAAGAUAGGCAGAAAGACAGGCAGAAAGACUGACAGAUAGAAGGACAGACAGAUAGAAAGACAGACAGAAAGACAGGUAGACGACUGACAGACAGGCAAAAGACUGACAGUUUAUAUCUGGCUGAAACGUUUCUUGUUUUUAAAAUUGAUUUGGGGGUGAAGGAGAGGCUCGGCGUGCGUGCUAUCAGUCAGCCAGCAGACAGCUGCCUAUCACACACAGCUCAGGGCUGUGUGUGUCGAUAUGACAGUGUGUGUUGUGAAGCAGCACUGACCAGCUCACAUCCCCAGCCAGUGAGAGGAUGUCGGUCAAGCUACAUUUUGAUUCGCCAUCCAACGGCAGUUUGAUCCAGAGGAGCCGGUCAUUCACUGGCUUCAGCUCCCUGACAGGACAAUGGCGACCCCCCUCAGUUCGUCACUCUCUACGCUCCAAGUCUCUGAAUAGUAACAGAGCUCCAAGGAUGCACCUGUAUCCCAGCAGAGUGGGCGGGGUCAUGUCCAGAGUGGGCGGGGUCAUGUUGGGUCAGCCCCCGGAGCAGGUGGAUGGAAUCUUCAGAGCGCUGCGCGACGGACUGCAGGAGUACCUGAAGGUUCACCAGACGGAGAUGGACUUCCUGUCGUCUCACCAGAGAGAGACCAAGAGGAACUCAAGACUGGCCUUCCUCUAUGACCUGGAAAAGGAGAUGCGGGCCCUGGAGCGCUACAUCCGUAGACUCGAGUUCCACAAUAGCAAGUUGGAGGAGCUCUAUGAGAUGUACUGCAUCCAAUGGAGGCUGAGUCAAGGGGCGAUCAACAUGAAGAAAGCCUUCUCUCUCUCUCCCUCCACCCGGGCCUCCAGGGACAGCCUGCUGGAGCUCAACCGCACACACACACACAGCCUGCAGGAUAUGUCAGCAAUGGAAGGAGAAUUAGAAAUAUUACUGGGAGAGUUACACAUCAAGAUGAAAGGGCUAAUCGGGUUCGCUAGACUCUGUCCUGGAGACCAGUUUGAGGUGGUGGUGCGAUUGGGUCGUCAGCGGUGGAGGAUCCGCGGAAAGAUCCAAUCAGAUGACUCGCAGCUCUGGGAUGAAGAGGAAAUGGUCUUCCUCCCGCACACACACCACAACUUUGAGAUCAAGGUGACGGAAGCCAAGGGCCUUAGCCAGCUGCUAGUCGGCAUGGUAACGUGCGCCAGCGCCGACUUCUUUGUGGCUCGGCCGCAGCUCAUGCUGGUGGACGUCACCGAGCUGGGGACCAUCAAGCUCCAACUAGAGGUUACCUGGAAUCCGUUUGACAGUGUGUGUGGGGACCGGUUGCGUCCUGUGUCCUCAAGAAGGAAGAGUUCCUACAGCAGAACCUCCACCUCCUUCACUGAGAAAUACUUCAUAUCUAUGGUUCAUCUGCAGGACGGAGAGGGAUCCAUGCAGUCUCUCAUCCCCAGAGCCCGCCCCUCUAGAGGAGGAGUGUCCUUACUCAGCUACAUGUCUGACCCCACCCUCAUUCCAACCGAUAAAAUCACCUGCUCUGACAGCCCCCUAAGCCCGACAGACCAGCCCAGCCAGGGCUCGGACCCCAGCCAGGGCUGCAGUCUGGGGGGAAGCCCAGCACAGCGCUCCCUGGGGGUCCCGAGCCCCACAGAGCUCCCUUCAGGGGGGAGUGAGAAGAGGAGGAGGGCUGUUGGGGAGGGAGGAGAGGAGAAACAGGACUGGGUGAGGAUGGAGGGGGAGGGAGGAGAGGGGACAGAGGAGCACUGGAGAGGAGGGGAGACUCCCUUCAUACAACUGGAGAAUAAAACACUUUCCCUGCUGGCUCCACCAAGGUGUAGCACUCCAGACAUCCUCAGAAAGAACCCAGUAGGAGAGCUAGACCACCGAGACCUCCAAGGCAUCGGACCGAGCCCUGCCCCAGUUCAGGACACCGACAACGGGCAGGGGUCCACAGAGGACCUAUCUGCCCAGCCCAGCCGCCCAGCCGGGGGUCCGUGGGGGCUGGAGGUGAGCGGGCCCCAACGCCGGCUCCAGGCAGCCAGGCUGGGGGUCCUGAUCACCCGGCUAGAGACCCUCCUCCACCACCAGGAGGCGCAAGAGAAGGAACUGAGGGCCCUCAACUCUAAGGUGAACCACCUGGCUACAAUACUGAAGAACAACCUUUCAUUGCUAAAGAAGCCGUCAUCCGCAGAGACCCUGGCUGUCGACGAAGUCCUGGAAAGCUUUGACUUCCUGUCAAAUGACCUGAAUGCAGAAGAUGACACCUCUUGUAUGGGGAGCUUGAGACUGAAAGACACUGGGAUUGGUUCCUUCCGCCAGAACACUAUAAAGAGCAUGGGCCUUCUUUCCCACAGCAGCCAAUCAGCUUCUGAGGAGGAACAGCUACCUGUUGCCCCACUGACUUCUGGGAACUGGAGUCUUGACCAGGCUCUGGAGACUCACCUGGACAUUUGCAGUAUUAUUUUAGAGGCGCUGGCCACGGUGGACUCCAGCGGGGGGGCCAGGAGAUAUCUGCUAGAGGAGACCGUUCUCCAACAUGACGUGCUGGAAACCGCCUCUCGCAUGAUGCUGGAGAACGACCAUGCUACAGACAUACUUCCCAAGAGGACGAAGGACCUGUCCUUGUUCUGGGACGACUGCGUUGCUGACGACGACACUCCAUUCUGUUGCCAUGUCGACAGCUUCUCCAGAUCGCUAAGGAAACGCUACACGCACAAGCUGAAGGCCAAGCACCCCGGCCAAUCAGAGAAAGUGUUCAAGGAGCUUCUGGAGCAGAUCCAGGCCAGCUCCAUGGUGGUACCCUGUAUCCGGCCCGCCUGCAGCCCAGACAGAGUCACCGUGUUCCAGCUGUCGGUCUACCUGCAGCGCUGGGGCAUCCAGGAUCUGGGACAGCACAUCUCACGCCUCGCCUGGGAGGUCUACCUGCUCUCUGCACUGCGAAGCUCCAAGAGGAGGCGGGCUCUAAAGAAGCUGAGGGGACGUGGUUUUGCAGAGCUCCUCCCACUGGGCGUGACCCUAGAGACGCUGGCUGGCCUGCAGAUGGACAGCAGCCUCAAAGUGUGUAAGGCUGCAUCCAGAUGCCUGGCCAGGGGCUUCGGCUGCAAGGCCUUCAGGAAUAAGGCAGUAGUGUUCUACACAGAGAGCUUGAAGCAGAACGAGGUGAAGAUCCAACAAGCCUCCUGUUUGGCCCUCAAACACCUCAGAGCUACAGAGAGUGUACAGCAGGUAGCCGAGUUGUGGAGAAGUGAGGAUGAGGACGUACGCAACGCAGCCAGAGAGACUGUUCUCUCCUUCGGUAAGAAGGGUUACUCAGGCUUUCAGAAGAUGGACCAGCUCAACAUAGAACUGCAGGACGAGACGUACCAGAACCAGUACGACCAGAUAACCAUACUAUAGAACCAGACCACCUAGAUAACCCCACUAUAGAACCAUACCAACCAGAUAACCCCACUGUAGAACCAGACCACCCAGAUAACCCUACUAUAGAACCAGACCAACCAGAUAACCCUACUAUAGAACCAGACCAACCAGAUAACCCUACUAUAGAACCAGACUAACCAGAUAACCCUACUAUAGAACCAGACCACCCAGAUAACCCUACUAUAGAACCAGACCAACCAGAUAACCCUACUAUAGAACCAUAUCAACCAGAUAACCCUAUGAUCCAGACCACCCAUAUUACCAUACUAUAGAGCCAGACCAGCCAGAUAAGCAUGCUAUAGAAGAAGACCACCUAGAUAACCCUACUAUAGAACCAGACCACCUAGAUAACUACUACUGAUAACUAUACUUUAGAACGACGUAGAUCACCCUCCUAUGGAACUAAAACACCAAGAUACCCUUAUUAUAGAUCUAGAUUCCCAUGCUAUAGAGCUAGAUCGCCUACAGAUAAUUAUACUAUAGAACCAAAUCACCCAGGUGACCAUAUUACGUAACCAAAACAUGAUUAUCACAUUAUAGAAAUAAAAAAACCUAGAUCCGUAUUAUAGAUGUAGACUGAACAAGAUCACAAUACUAAACAACCAAACAUAACCAGAUCACCUCAUAGAACAAAGUGAUGAAGCUCUGUCGUUAUCUCUAUCGUUACGUGCUAAAUGCUGUCCCCUGCUGGCGAGGAUGUGGAACCACAACCUGGGAAAGCAUCUGGACUGCUUGGCUCUCUGGUGAAGAGAUGUUUGACAGAGGCAGUAAAUAUUCCAACAUGUUCUAUGUUCUGGGUUUUACGAAGAAAAUUUCUUGGGUAAAAAUACAGAAAGGAAAGGAAAUAAUAAAUGAAGGAGGAUGAAGGGUGAGAAUAGGGAAAUGAAGGAUCCUUCCCUCAUCCCUCCUGCUCAGAGAAAUGUAAUAAGAAAGAAGGAUGGAAGGUAGGAAGGAACAUAAUAGGGAAGGAAUGAAGCAAGCUCUGAAAAUGUUUAGAAAAUGUUUAGGGUGUGAGAGGUUCCCAACCAGGAGCAGUGUACCAUGGCAGGAAGUGACCUCACUCCACUGUUAUUUACCCUCAGCUUGCCUAAAACUUAUUUUCUCUUUAUGAAAAUCUGAAAACCGACUGGCUUUUGUAUAGCAACCUGUGUUUUAUCAUACUGAUAUAGAUAUAUAUAUUUAUGAAAUCCGUUUUUUUUUUACUCUGUCCAGCAAAGAAAAUAAAAAUAUAUAUGUAUGACUCCAGCAUACUUGUCGGUGUGAACAAUGGAAAGAGCUAUAUACAGAUUUCAACAAAGCACUCUGUAAAUUGCAAUUGACUACCAAUGUCCGACAAACAAAGCAUCAUCCAUCCCUAAGGCUCGUACCUUUUUGGCCAGAACCUGCAGGCCAACUAAGGUUUGAUUCUGGCAGGAGUGGAACUACGCUCACGACAUAAAGCUCGACAACAUAAGCGCUGCAAAAACAUUAUUAAAAUGGUUACAUAUUAUACCACCAGGUGUUAGUGUGAUUAUCUAGGUGGACACAACCACUUGUGAUGUCAGAAGAGGCCGAUUUUCAAAACGGCUUGUAACAGCUAAUCACACCCACAACUGGUUGUAUAAUGUCACCUUAAAAAUGUAUGCUAUGUGAACAAGGGUUUAAGGAUUUAUCUCCAUACAGCAUCACAAAGAAUAAUAUGCCAUUAAAUUGUAGACUUUACUUUGAGGAUUUCUUAUUUAACUGGUGUGAAUUUAAGACUUUUCUAACCCUAAUACCCCCAGGGAGGAACCUGUAACUUAAGCUACAGCGCAAAUUUAACCAAAGUAAAAAUCGUUUUUAUUUUGAGAGGAAGAAACUUUUAUUUAAAUUAAAAACAAAACCAAUAAUGAGCAGUAGAACACAGAACAGACAGGAGGCAGGGUACAGCCCUCCAGCCUGACGACUGGAGGAAUACAACACAGCUCUGACCUCCUGCAGAUGGUCUCUCUCUUUCUCACAGUUUGUUUACCCUUUGGAAAUCAUCAGCAUGUGAAUUAAAACGGUGAAUAAAGCACAAAAGGAGCGGCAGAACUCCAGAGUAGAGGGUCUGGGGGAUGAGGGUCAGGAAGAGGAUGAGACCAAGGGCUCCCGCGGCGCCUGUUGUUCGGGGGCAGGGGGGUUAGAGAAUGUUCUUUGAUUGUCCACUUCUCUACCUCCCUUACCUCGAGGUCAGAGGGAUUGGGGGUUCGCUGGAUAUAAUCACCGUAGCAACUGUCCCAAGAGAAUCAAAUCCACCUCAUCACACAUCUUCUCUGGAGCGUGUCCAGACAACACGGCUGCCAAGGAACGCAGUGAAUUCUUUUUUUUUUUCUGGUUCAGAGCGGGAAGCUGAGAGUCCACGCUGCUAUGACGACGACGACAACCCUGGUUAAUGGAUCGACCGGGAGCCCGUAACACGUUGACGAUUCAUCCCAUCCUCCGAGCUCUUUAGCAGUCCUCCACCCACCCCUUUCCCACAGCAUAUUCUUACAGCAUGGCAGUGGUGCGUCCAUUAACUCAACCCCCCUAAUACCCCAGGUGUACACAAACCCUGACCAUCGGCCAGUGAACCCACCCACCGUGUGCACAAGGCCCACCCUCCCGCCAUCAGCACAGCCCACAUCUAAGCACCCUUUUACAGCACGGCAGCGCACUGGGACGGCCUCCUGUCCUCCCUCUGUCCAAACCAGUCCAGAGCUCAUCGAGCCCCGGCCCCUCCCACCGCCGCCCGUCUAGGUGGCCCCGAUGGCGGGAUGGUGGCCGGCGUGGGGCAUGGCUGAGUCCUGGCAGUGGUACAGGAAGCAGUUCCCCCAGCAGCUGUAGCAGAUGAGGAAGAGGGCAGCGAGGAAGACGAGGGCGCAGAUGGUGCAGGGCUUCCGCUCCAGCAGGAAGCUGAGCAGGUAGAAGCCCAUGAACACUGAGUGGUUGAACCACAGCGCCGGGUUCAGCGGCUUGGGGAUCAGCAGCACCGGCAGCAGCCACUGGAGGCAAUACAUGGUGGGAGGAGGAGGUGGGAGCGCGAG